GAUGUCUGCGGGCCCGGGACUGGUGUCACUGGGGCUGCCGUGCCAAGCAGCUGAGCCAUCGUUGCUUUUGCAGAGUGGUUCCCUGAGCGUGGACACCUGGAAGCCGCACCUCCAGUCCCAGACGCCAUGUCCGGCAAGGGCUCCGUGGUUCUGGCCUACAGCGGUGGCCUGGACACCUCCUGCAUCCUCGUGUGGCUAAAGGAGCAGGGCUAUGAUGUCAUUGCCUACCUGGCCAACAUCGGCCAGAAGGAGGACUUUGAGGAAGCCAGGAAGAAGGCGCUAAAGCUUGGGGCCAAAAAGGUGUUCAUCGAGGACGUGAGCAGGGAGUUUGUGGAGGAGUUCAUCUGGCCUGCCGUCCAGUCCAGCGCACUGUAUGAGGACCGCUACCUCUUGGGCACCUCCCUCGCCAGGCCCUGCAUUGCCCGCAAGCAAGUGGAGAUUGCCCAGCAGGAGGGAGCCCAGUAUGUGUCUCAUGGCGCCACGGGGAAGGGAAAUGACCAGGUCCGGUUCGAGCUCACUUGCUACUCCCUGGCCCCCCAGAUUAAGGUCAUUGCUCCCUGGAGGAUGCCCGAGUUCUACAACCGCUUUCGGGGCCGCAGUGACCUCAUGGACUACGCAAAGCAACACGGGAUCCCCGUCCCCGUCACCCCCAAGAGCCCGUGGAGCAUGGACGAGAAUCUCAUGCACAUCAGCUACGAGGCUGGCAUCCUGGAGAACCCCAAGAGCCAAGCUCCUCCUGGGCUCUACACAAAGACCCAGGACCCUGCCAAAGCCCCCAAUAGCCCCGACAUCCUGGAGAUAGAAUUCAAAAAAGGGGUCCCCGUGAAGGUCACCAACGUUGGAGAUGGCACCGUCCACAGCACCGCCUUGGAGCUCUUCCUGUACCUGAAUGAAGUCGCGGGCAAGCACGGCGUGGGCCGCAUCGACAUCGUGGAGAACCGCUUCAUUGGGAUGAAGUCCCGAGAAAGCAAGAGUGAGGGCACUGUGGACUCCCCCGUGGCGAGGUGUUCAUUACGUGUACAGUAACGGGAGAAGCCGCUG